AUGAGUUCCAUUGGUUACGACCCUUACUAUCCUUCCUCUUCCCACAAGAGGAGGGUGACGCUGCGCAGUGGAGGGUAUGGAGGCAGUGCAGGAGGAAUGACAUCCAGGUCGGUGUAUUCCAGCCUCUCUGCCCCCCUCUCAUCCCAUGGGUCAUCCCGGCUGCAUUACCCAACAUACAGCCGUAGCUCCUCCAUGCUGCUAUCUGCCUCUGGCUCUGCUGCCACUGCUGAACUGGACAUAAGCCAGGCGGUGCAGGUCAGCACUGAGUUCAAGGCCGUGCGGACGCAGGAGAAAGCCCAGCUGCAGGAGCUGAACGACCGCUUUGCCAGUUUCAUUGAGCGCGUCCACGAGCUGGAACAGCAGAACAGGCUGCUGGAUGCUGAACUGCUGAUCCUCAGGCAGAAGCAUGGCGAGCCCUCCCACCUCAGGUCCCUAUAUGAGCACGAGAUCCGCCAGCUCCGUGCUGCUGUGGAGGAGGCCCGCGAUGAGAAACAGGCUGCUCAGAACCACAGGGACCAGAUGGAGGAGGUGUUGCAGAGUCUACAGGGCCGUUAUGAAGAGGAGGUAGUCAGCAGAGAAGAGGUAGAAGGCCGUCUGAUGGAUGCAAGGAAGAGGGCAGAUGAGGCUGCUUUGGGCCGUGUUGAGCUGGAGAAAAGGACAGAGACACUGCUGGAUGAGUUGGCCUUCCUGAAACGUCUCCAUGAGGGGGAGAUAGCGGAGCUGCAGGCCCAGGUGCAGUACAAUGCCCAGGUGUCAGUGGAGAUGGAAGUGGCCAAGCCAGACCUGUCCGCAGCCCUCCGAGACAUCCGUGUCCAGUAUGAGAAACUGGCACACCGCAACCUCCAGUCAGCCGAGGAAUGGUUCCGCAGCAAGGUGAGUGUGAUGACAGAAGGCACCGCCCGCAACACAGACAACGUUCGCAGUGCCAAAGACGAGGCCGGGGAGUACCGGCGCCUGAUCAAAACACGGAACCUGGAGAUUGAAGCAUGCCGUGGGAUGAACCAGUCCCUGGAGAAUCAGCUACAAGAGGUGGAGGAGAAACAGAGUGCUGAGAUCGCAGCCCUACAGGAAUCAAUUGGCCAGCUGGAGGACGAGUUGAGGACAACUAAGAAUGAAAUGGCUAGGUACCUGAAGGACUAUCAAGACCUCUUGAACGUUAAGAUGGCUCUGGACAUCGAGAUAGCAGCUUACAGGAAGCUGCUUGAAGGGGAGGAGAAUCGCUUCAGUGCUGGAGGACCAGGGGAAAUGUCCAGUGUCUACUCCCAAAGCCUGAGUGUUGCCCCAUCCUACAACCGCCCCAUGUUUUCCAUGCAGUCCAGCCUGAGCUCUGCUGCUCCCUACCUACGCAUGUACAGCUCAUCAUUCUCCUCUGCGGAUGAGAUUAUAGCUGCCAGUCAAGCACAGCCUGCUGAGUCAAGUCCUCAGGAAGAAGAGGAGGAAGAAGAGGGGGAAGAAGAGGAGAAGGGAGUCGAGGAAGCAGAGGAAGAGGAAGAAGAGCAAAAAGCAGAUACGGAGAAAGAGGAAGCAGGGGAGCCUAAAGAAAAUGGAGAAGAUGAAAGCCAAGAAGGAGGAGAUGGAGUGGAGGAUGGAGCCACUGAAACAGAAGAAGGGGAUGAUAAGGGAGAAGCGGAAGAAAGCAAAAAGGAAGUAGAAGUGGCAGAAGAAAAAGAGAAGCCAAAAGACCAAAAUAUUUAAAUCAAGAAUGAAUGACACAUUGAUUGUUCCCUAUCGAGGUGCUCUAUAAAUAGAUCA